AUGAAGAACACGCAUGCUAAAGGUGGAGCUGCUGGCGGGACCGGUGCGCAAUCCGGUAGCGGCGAUGGCGCCGACAUGGCAGAGUACAACACGCUGUCCAAUCUUCGAGGACUAGCGAAAGGGAAAAUCAUCCGCUUAUACGACAUGUUGGAGAGAGUGGAAGAGGAACAAACGCAGCUAACAUCGCCACAGGUAAAGGUGUACAUAAAGAAACUAGAUGCUGCCUAUAAGGAAUUUCACAACUACCAUGAACGGAUCGUGGCGGUGGUGGCGCAUGAUCGGAAAGAGGAUCAAGACUGUGAGUACGUUGAAUUCGAGACGCUAUACGAUAAUGUGUCGAUUUUUCUCGAGACGUGGCUCGAGAAUUUUGCCGCACCUGACUCUCGUCCUGCUACUGGUCAACCAGUAAGUCAACAGCCGUUGAUUGUGCAACAAUCGCUUCCUCGUGCCAUUCCUACAUUUGAUGGCAAAUACGAGCAGUGGGAAAAGUUCAAGAUUAUGUUCGGGGAUGUGGUGAACAAGUCAAAUGAGCCACCACGAAUCAAGCUCUAUCAUUUGGAGAAAGCAUUGAUUGGGGAUGCUGCCGGUUUGAUUGAUGCGAAAACAAUUGCUGAUGGCAAUUAUGAUCGCGCAUGGGAAAUUUUAAGAGAGAGGUUCGAGGAUAAGAGGCGCAUGAUUGAUAUGCAUAUUGUUGGUCUGUUAAGCAUAACGAAGAUAUUUAAAGAAGAUCAUUGCGAAUUACGGAAGCUUGUUGAUACAUGUGUGGGUCAUGUCGAAAAUUUGAAAUUUCUGGGUCAGGAAUUUUCAGGUGUGUCCGAACUGGUUGUCGUACACAUCCUUACUAGCGCUCUAGACAAAGAGAGCAAACGAGCAUGGGAAUCAACAAUGGAACAUGGGUCGCUUCCGAAUUAUCAUGAUACAAUCUCAUUUCUUAAAAAUCGCAUUUCCAUUCUUGAAAGAUGUCAGGUGUCCGAUACAAGUAACAAUCAAAAACUGUUAGAUUCUAUGUCACAUAAAAGAAAUCAAGUAUCGAACAAACAACCAAAUUCGCGAGUAAACACAGCUACAGUUUCGGCUAAUUGCGAGUUUUGUGAAGGUAACCAUUUCGCAUUCAAAUGCUCAAGUUUUCAUGGAUUGGAUAUUGAUGAGCGACUCAAAAUGGUGCGUGACAAACGAGUUUGCUUCAAUUGUUUGAGAAGAGGUCACCGUGGGUUAGAUUGUCCAUCAUCUAAAUGUUGCUCAAAGUGUCAGCGUAGACAUCACAGUUUGCUUCACAGGGAAGGAGUUCGUUCAUCAAAUAUGGGUAAAAGACAUACAGCAUUAGAGAAUCAAAAACAGCAUUGCACUCCCAGCACUUCGAGAGGUUCAUCAAUGCAGGAUAUUACUGCUGCUUAUUCCAACACGCAUGGAAAACCAGCUCAGCAAGUGCUUUUGCUAACAGCACAAGUUAUAGUUUUGGAUAAAGACGGAAAUCCGCAUACAAGUCGAGCACUUUUGGAUAGUGGCUCGCAAAUCAACUUCAUUUCAGAGUCAAUGCUUGAUAGGCUAGGAGUGCAGAAAGAAAAGGCAAACAUAUCAGUAAACGGAGUUAGCAACAUCAAAUCCAAAGCUCAACACAAAGCUAGGAUAAAAGUAUGCUCUAAAUAUAGCAACUUCGAAAUCGAUUUGAAUUGCUUGGUUACUCAUAAAGUCACUGGUAUUCUGCCAACUUACGAGAUAGAUAUAGCCUCAUGGAACAUUCCGCCCGGAACACAAUUGGCUGACCCUUCAUUCUACAAACCUGGACAAAUAGAUUUGCUAAUCGGAAUGGAGUGGUUCGAUGAUCUCAUUAAACCCGGACGAGUGAAGUUUUCAGAAAAAUUGCCAACUUUGAUGGACUCGCAAUUUGGAUGGCUAAUUGGUGGAAAGGUUAAAAGCGAAUCUGUAUCUGGUUCUACCUUUCAUUCACAUACAGUAACAUUUCCAACAAAGCAAUUAAGUCAACAGAUUCAUAAUUUUGGAAAAUUGGAUCACGUGGCCACUAAGCAAUGUGUGCCAAUCGAGAUUGAUGAGUGCGAAGCUCACUCUCAGUCUACAUUGCGUCGCAACUUUCAAGGUUAUGAUAUGGUUCAACUACCAUCGCAGAAGACAUAUAGACAGCUAAAAGAUUCUAAGCAUAGAGUUCUAAAGAAAUACAAGCUAUACAAGCAACAGGAAGGCCAACAACAAUAUGAUAAGUUCAUAGAAGAGUUUGUACGCUCAGAACACUUUUAUGAAAUAAAUGAGAAACCAGAUGCAAACCCAGAAGUUUUGAUAACUGAACACAUGGUUAUUGGUAGCUCUCUAAUAUCCAUACUCGAACUCUCCUAUAAAGAUAUUCCCAUAAAUCGAUUGUACCGAUUGCAACGCAUCCAGCAGCUGAGACAGUAUUUCUGGAAUCGCUGGUCUCAUGAACAUUUGGUAGACCUCCUAUUGAGAGCAAAAUGGACAAAAAAGGAAUUCAACGUGGUUAUCAAUACAGUCGUCCUCCCAAAGAAAUACAAGGUUCCAACUCAACAAAGAGAGAUAGGCCCAGUCGCACAAACCGACCUUGGAUUUGAUGGCCUAGUUCAAGUCGUGGAUAUAGGUGUUGGCGAUUCAACUUUUAGAAGACCGAUCCACAAACCAGCGCCACUACCUAUUUUGGACAACGCAUCGAUUGAGGACAAGGAUAAUUCAACAGAAUGA